CAUUUAUUUGUGUGUCCUGGGGCCCCUUCAUUAGGGGGUCGCCACGUUGCGCCACAGUUCUGAUGAGCCCUCGCUGGGGGGCGCGGCCGAGACCUCUACGGAGGUCCUCGCUCGCCCCCCCCCCCUGGCGCGGGUUGCAGACCACGCCCUCUGCACACCGCGCCCCUCGGCGUCGCCGACCCAUCCUCCCCGAGCACGGCCGGCCGUGCACCACGUACAUCACCGAGGUGGAGCUCUCGGGCACCUGGCUCGGUGGCAAGGUCGUGCAGGUGCGCUCCUACAGGGCGAAGGCCAGCGGCGAGGCCAGCAAAUUCGUGACGCCUCAGGAUAAUGAGCCGCGGCGCGACCGCCGAGUCCAAGCCUGAGGAGAUGGGAGACUCGGGCGAGGUCCCGUGGGAGAAGCUCGCGGAUUGGCCCGACAUGGCCUACCUACUCUCGGGGUUCCAGGGGAAGACGGGCUACAUGGUGACCCUGGCCAAGACGCAGUGGCACAGCAGGAAGGGCUCCGGGCAGGGCGCGUCGAGCGUGGCUGGGCAGGUCGAGGUCCGGGUGCAGAGGAGGCGGCACAACGAGUCCGCGAGGAUCAUCAUGCGCCAGGACCUGCCGCUGCAGGAGCACCUGAACCUGGCCGUGCGGCAGAUCAGCGCGCUCGGCCGCGAGGACGUAGGCGGCCUUCUCGGCUUCGACCCGCACCCCGCGUCCCUGGAGGCCGUCUCGCCCGAGUGCCAGCGCUACAGGGACGGGCUCGACGGACCGCAUGGCCCCCACGCCAAGCCGCGCUGGAAGACCCGCUGGGAGAAGAUCAGGGAGCGGCGAGCCCAGGCAGACGCCCACGGCGGGGGCACCAAGGACAACGAGGCGGCCGCCAGCCUCGUCACGAGGGCCAUGAUGUGCGUGUGCGCCGUCGGCGACGCCUCGGGGGCCCGCGACGCGGGCCCCGCCGACGGCGGGGACGACGACGCCGAGGGCGUCCUCGCCGAGUUCCAGACCGGCAGGCUCGCCGAGGCGACGUGGGACUGACGAGCUCGUGGCCGCACGGGGCCAGGGCGAGGGUACCUCCGUGCCCGAGCGGUCCCGGAGCGCUCUGGGGAGAGCGUUCCGGAACGCUCUGGGAAGGCCGCGGCGCCCGCGGCAUCCUCCAGCACCGCCAGAUCUCAGAGAUCCCCGAGAUGCCCUCACCCGAAUUUCUCCUCGUCCUGGCUUCGUCUGAUGUGGGCCCCGCAGCGGGCUGGCGCCGCGCGGGCGGGCCGCCGCUCCGGCCGCGCCCCUCGCUCCGCGCCCGCUGCCGGCGCCUGGCGGGCGCCGCGGCCCCCGCUCCUGCGCGUCGCUGCGCAGGCCAGGCCUGCCUGGUUGCCCACGGCCCAGGGGGGCCCUCGAGCGCGGAGGUGGGACCCUCGAGGCCGUGCGCGCGCGUUGUGUGCGCCGAGGUCGAGCGCCGCCUGGUCC